UGACGGCGCCUGGGGAAUUUUGAAGUUUGGUUUGUUUGUUUGAGACAUGAUUGGAAAACUAUCGAAAAUUCCCUCUCAACUCCAUGUUUUAGCUGCCACAAUUGAUGCCUGUAACAAUUUCCACAACUCUUCUAUCCGGAUAGUUCUUUUUCAUGUGGGAAGCACUAGGAACUAGUGCCCAAUAUGCCGUUGAUUGUGAAGGAUUACGAGUGGCAGCAAACAGAUGUUUCCGUGCGAAUAACAGUACCGCUGAAGGGAGUAAAUCCAAGCAAAGCUGAUGUCUUCUCAACCGACGAGUACCUAAAGGUGAGCUACCCUCCCUAUCUUUUUGAAGUCUUCCUGUUUGCACCAGUGGAGGACGUCAAAGGCAAAGCCGCCAUUGGCAAUGGUGUAGUAGUGUUUAGUUUGGUUAAGAAAGAAGCUGGAAUUUGGGAGAGUCUACAGCCUGCAGACGCAGCUGAUAAAGAGUUCAUGCAAAGGAAACGUGAGGAGGCCAUUGAGAAAGCACACCUGAGGGCAGAUGAAGAAGCCAAGAAAAGAGAAAAGGGAAGAAGGGAGCAAGGUCGAUAUGCUCUUAGACAGCAGAUGAAGAUGGAAGAGGAAGAGAGGCAAAGGGUGGCAGACAUAAAAGAAGAGGAAAGGCGUAAAGCAACUGAGGCUAUUGAAAACUGGAAAGAGACUCAGUCUUAUAGGGCCACAAUAACAUGCUUAGAUAGUGAUGAUGAUGACGAUGAUGUUGAUGAUAAGGAUGAUGGUGACGAUGGUAAAAAUCUGUUUGAUGGCAAUGGCAAUGAUGGCUACAAUAAGGAAACAAAAGAUAUCAAUACAGGAAACAGUAAACACAUUCCAAAUGGACAUACACAAGAUAAAAAUGGUUUAAAAACUAAGCCAACAGAGAGAAAAAUAAAGGAUAUAUGGUCUAGCCAACAAGGGCAAGGGAAAAAGAAUCCAGACAAGGUACUGCCCGAGCCUCGACCAACAGGAUCCAUCCAAGUGUCGUUUACUCACCAAGUCUUCAAAACGGCUGCCAGGGAGUCCAAGGCGCCAGAAGAGGAAGAGUGGUUAAAGAAAGUGGCCCAGUCCGGCCAUGCUAAGCAGACUGCCAAGGAUAACCCUGAUGCCGUAGAUGAUCAGGAGAUGAAUCCUGUGUGGCUCAAGGAAAAAGGAAUGGCUUUUUACAAGUCUGGUAACCAUGUGGCAGCCAUCAAUGCUUUCACCGCAGCUCUUCUUCUGGAUGGAUCAAUGCCUGCUCUGUACUCUAACCGAGCUGCGUGUCAUCUUCACAUGAAACAGUACAAGGAGUGUGCCCAAGACUGCACAUCGGCUCUUGAGCUGCUGACCCCCCCUGUCCCUGCUAAUGCAGUCUCAAGAUGUAAGGCCUAUGUCAGGAGGGGUACGGCUGCCUAUCAUUCAGAGGAGUAUGUGGAAGCUCUAAAAGAUUAUGAAAGUGCCCUCAAGAUAGACCCAAACAAUGAGAGCCUUCGGGCAGAUGCCGACAGGAUACGAGCCAUUAUCCAGGGGACUGGUACCUAGCAGCCUAACAUACUGAAACUUAGUAGCGGUUCCAUAAAGAAGAUGAAAGGACAUGAGCGCUCAUUCGGGGGAUGUCAGUCAGCAGCUCAAAAUACAGGACCUUUGUAGAAAAGAUGAAAAGACACGAGGGGACUGGGACUGGUGCCUAGCUAAAAAUACUGGGACUUUUAUCAGUGGAUGUUGAGAGUAUGAGAUGAUCUAAGGGACUGGUACAUCUAUGGGUGCGAAAACCCAAACUUGACUUGACGGUUUUUCAUUAUAGGAUUUUGAAGCAAAAAAGAAAUAAAGAGUUCGAUGCGCACUA